AAUACGCUGUGAUCUCAAGUCUGAGCCGUGCCGUGACUGCAUGGUAAACAACUGACUCAAAAUGUCUGAGAACGGGUACGGACCGAUGGCCGGCCACGUCGGCAGGAUACCGAACUUCGGGAAAACUCAGGUCAAUCCCAUGGGCAGCAUUGAGCCCCCAGCCUGCAUACAGAACGCGAUGAUGACGAAAGAUAAGAAGCCGUUCACGUACACGCCAGGAGGCUUGGACCUGUCCCAGAUACGCACUCCGAGCAUGGCCAGAAGGCUGGCGAGGCAACGGUCACAAGAGGAGCACGAACAGGCCUACGCUCAGCAAAACUACGCCCCUCAAACGAACGGCGGUGGCGGUGGCUACCAACCUCAAGGGACCCCGAAGGCUCCUCCUCCCCCACCACCCGGUAUCCCCGCUCCACCCCCACCUCCCCCUCUAGUCAUCGCAGUACCAAACGCAAAAUCCCCAAAACCAGUACCAUUAGGAGAACGUCCCGAAAUCGUUAUCCCUGAAAACCCAAUUGGGAUGCUUAGGAAAACUAACAGCCCGUAUCAUUGGGAAUCAGAAAAAGCAGAUGAACUGCGAAUGGGUCCCGUGCCGAAGUUUGUAGAAAAGGUCCCGAGCCCUUUGACGGUAAAUAUGCCUCCGUCUUCGUUCUCCAACCAAGCACCUCAGUAUACGCCACCAUCUCAAAAUACAAACUAUUCAUACAACAACCAGAACAAGCAACCAGAAAGCCCGCUUCACAGGCCAGAAGCAUUGUAUGCUCACCAGAAAUCAAAUUCUCCAAUUGUAAAAACUCCUACAAUAGAACUGUUACAAAGACAGGAUUCUCAGUUUAAUAAGAGCCCACAACCCUUCGGAGGACAAUCGCCUGUUAGCAAUGGUUCUCCGUAUUCUCCUAGCCCUAAUAAUAAUUGGAGGCAACCGGAGAGAAGAGAAUCUCCAGCACAAAAUGCGAGCAACAGCCCCCAGUCUCCACAUAUAAACCGCAGUCCCUUCACACCAAAUCAGCAAUACUCUCCUAAUUUUCAAAACCAAAGUCCCCCAGUUAAUUCUAGUCCCGUUUAUCACACUCUUCCUAGAGUCGGCCAAAAGAACCAAGAGGUUAACAAUAUACAGAACAACCAAUACCAACAUUCAAACGCCGAUUCUGAUGCCACACCAUGGCGAACCAAUACGCUUAACAGACAUCCAAGAGAGCCAGAGAGCCAGAAAAAUGUUUAUAACAAUAACCAAAAUGCAAAUCAACAGGCUCACAGUCCUCCAUGGAAGAGUAAUGAACCGAAUAACAAUGAAAGCGCAUACACUCCUCCGUGGCUUCAGGCACGGAAUCAAAAUGCGAAUCAACAGCAGUACACACCGCCAUGGGUCACGCCACAAGAUUCUAACAACAAUGGAGUACAAGAAAACUACAAAACUCCCUUGAGGUCUUCAGACAAUAACAACAACAGAGCCGUACAAUCUCCACCAAAACCUGCCCAACCCCAAGAACAACCCCGUUAUCAGACGUCAGUGUCCAUCCCUGUGACACAAAGGCGGCAAAAUCCCCCAGCAGACUACAACAACACUCCCCCGCAAAAAGAAGUCGUGUAUGUUAACCAAGAGCCUGUGUACUUCUGCCCAGAGAGUCCGAAGUCCAUACCACCUUGGGUCAAAACACAGAAAGAAAAGACGAAAACCCCUCCGCCCGAAUGGGUUCAGCGCCCGCUGGACAACAGAAGAAGCGUAACUAGGGACUUGGUGACACCACCAAGGGAAACAACAAAUCAGGAACCAGAAUGGGUGAAAAAGAGCAACGAAAUGCAGAGAGGUAUCCGCGAUGUAAUCAGUCCGCCUAAAUACCAGCAGACCGCGCAGCCGUCGUGGUCGACUCGUCCGUCAGACAAUAGAAAAAGCGUGCCUAGGGACUCACCUGGAUCCCCUGGUAGCAAGGUUAUUCCGAUUCAAAUGGAGGUAUCAAGUACAGAUACAAGGGACCAAGGGAGGCAGGGUCAGGCUCCGCACUUGAGGAUCACUAUCGGUAUGAAUCCGAAUGGUCCCAAUGCCCAGCCGCAGUCAGCGCCGUUCUCGCAGCCCACUCAGCGCAUCAUGCGAGUCCUGUCACCGCAGCUGGUGAGGAUGGACGAAGGACAGUCUGGACAGCAUGAACUGCCGACUCUAAGCCGGAACUUGACGAGCAAUCAAGACCAGCCGAAAACGCGGAUAAUCCCCAUUCAAAUUGAAGGUGGCAGUAAUGGAGCUAACAAAAGGGUGUUCUACCACAAGUUCACGCAGGAGGCGCCUCCUCGGCAGUCCAAGGCGUUCCGGGUGCUCCAGGUGAUCACGGGCACCGAGGACUCCGACCACAUACAGACCAUGGAAAACCGGCACGGGUUCACUGACCUCUAGCCAUGUAAGCUUAAGGCCGAUCCUCACGGUCCAAUUUAUUUAUAAAAUGUUUUCA